AUGAUAUUCAAUUUGGUUCUGAGGAUGUCGUGGCUAGAAAGUGGAGGAUCAAAUUUUGGCAACCUGUCGGCGACGGCAGAGUUCGCUGCAGCUACUCCUGCUUCGCGCAUAGAGGAUGUGGUAGAAGCAGCAAGAGUGUUCCUCACGUAUUGCCGAGAAUACUGCUGCUCAGAGCUGAUCGAACUGGUCGAACACAUCGUUGAGUUCAUAGAAGAAACACUCAUGAGAGUUAGCUGGAGUCAAAAAGAGCUGUCGACACUUGUUUACUGGGUAAACGAUGUUUUAGAGGACUUUAGAAGUGUUGCAGAAAGCGAUGGUGACUUAAGGCAAGUGAUGAGACGCUGCUCAACGGAUGACAGGCUUCUGAGGGAUCUGAUGUUCGUGAAAGUACAUCAACACGACGGUAAAAGGCGUCUCGGUCGGAUAUCGAGGGACGUGCUGCGCCAACUUCCAGUACAAACCGAGCCAGGCUCGGGCAAGUCUAAGAGUCUAUGUAUGCGUUACCUUUCAAAGGCAGGCUGUGCACCCGACGCAAAUGGCGCGUGCCCCAGUGAUCAUGGUCAUUUUGUUCCAAAUAAGCUGCCGGCCUGCGUGAAAGAAGAGAUCACUAGACGAUUUGGUGGCUUGAAGGAGGAGCACCGACAAUUAUGA